AUGAGUAUGAUUGGUAGUUUGUUGUAUCUUACAGCUAGCAGACCUGACAUUACAUUUUCUGUAGGAGUAUGUGUAAGGUAUUUGUCUGAACCUAAAAUUAGUCAUAUUACUCAAGUGAAAAGGAUCCUGAAGUACAUCAAUGGAACUAGUGACUAUGGAAUAUUGUAUUCUCACAAUGCAAAUUCCUUGCUUAGAGGAUACUGUGAUGUAGAUUGGGAAGACAGUGUUGAUGAUAAAAAGAGAACUUCUGAAGGAUGUUUCUUCUUGGGAAAUAAUCUUAUAUCUUGGUUUAGCAAGAAGCAAAAUAGUGUGUCUUUAUCUACGACUGAGGCUGAAUUUAUUGAAACAGGAAGCAAUUGUUCUCAAUUAAUUUGGAUGAAACAAAUGGAUCUUGUUGAAGACAAAAUUGUUACUCUUGAGCAUGUAACCACUAAGAAGCAACUGGCAUAUAUUUUCACUAAAGCUUUAGGUGCAAAUCAGUUUGAAAACUUAAGGGGUGAAUUGGGCAUUUGCAUGCUUGAAGAAUUAUAA